ACGAAAUCGUGGUGGGGGUGGGGUUGUGAUUGUACCUCUGUGGUGUUAGGGGCGGCCAGCGAAGGUGUCAUGGCUACUGCCACGGAGUUUCGUCGCCCAAGCAACAAUGACAGGAGCCUAGAGCGAAGCUGCAGCCCCAACCUCUCCCGAGAGGUGCUGUGCGAAAUCUUUCGCUCCCUGCACACCUUGGCUGGACAGCUUAACCUCAAAGAUGAUGUGGUGAAAAUUACAAUCGAUUGGAACAAGCUCCAGAGCCUCUCGGCAUUCCAGCCUGCAUUGCUCUUUAGAGCACUUGAGCAACACAUUUUAUAUUUACAGCCUUUUUUAGCAAAACUUCAGCCUGUGAUUAAAGAGGAGAAUUCAGCUGCUAUUGAAGAGAUAGGAAAAACAGAAACAAGGAACAAGAAUGAACUAAAUGCCAAAUUUCCCACUGGUGACCAACAGGAAGAGAAGCACAAAGACUGUGAUUUAGGAGAUGUGAAAAAGAUACAAGUCCAUUUUGAUCCAGAAGUAGUUCAAAUAAAGGCUGGAAAAGCAGAAAUUGACAGAAGAAUAUCUGCAUUUAUUGAAAGAAAGCAAGCUGAAAUCAAUGAAAACAACGUCAGGGAGUUUUGCAAUGUUAUUGAUUGUAAUCAAGAAAAUAGUUGUGCAAGGACUGAUGCCGUUUUUACACCUUACCCUGGAUUUAAAAGUCAUGUAAAGGUUUCUAGAGUUGUGAAUACAUAUGGACCACAGACUAGAACUGAAGGAAUUCAAGGGUCGGGUCAUAAAUCUAACAGCAUGCUUCGAGAUUGUGGUAAUCAGGCUGUAGAAGAACGACUACAAAAUAUUGAGGCUCACUUGCGAUUGCAGUCAGGUGGUCCAGUUCCAAGAGACAUUUAUCAGAGAAUUAAAAAACUUGAAGAUAAAAUCCUUGAAUUGGAAGGCAUAUCUCCUGAAUAUUUUCAAUCUAUGAACUUUUCUGGAAAAAGAAGAAAAGUUCAGCCACCUCAACAGAACUAUUCCCUGGCUGAACUUGAUGAGAAAAUUAGUGCCCUCAAACAAGCCCUGCUCAGAAAAUCAAGAGAAGCAGAAUCCAUGGCAACUCACCACCGUCCAUGAAAAACUCCUCUCCUCGUCAUUUUACUUUUUUAUGUACAUGUGUGACUUACUCUGUAAUUAAUUAAAUGGAUAUGUAUUUAUCGAUGUUUUCUGAGAAGUCAAGGUUUAUUUUCACCUGAGUCUAGCUUGCAGCAAGUACUCUUCAAGUAUACCAGUGAGUUUUGAAAUAAGACUGUAUUGAAAAUAGCAUUAUUGGAAACUAUUCUGUUUUAAAGGAGACAUUUUGGAAUUAAAAAACUUAAUUUAAAUGUACUUUUUUUUGGUGGGCCACAAAAAGAUUAUUGUGAUACCAAUACAUACAAGGACUUUAUAAAGCUGACUAAGCAGUUUGUUUAAAUUAGUACUUUGCACUUACUGGGCAUUCAACAAAAAUUUAUUGACUGAAAUGAAUUUUUAAUGUGUAUAUAAACUUGUUUUUCAGAUGUCAGUGUUAAUGUAAAUAAAUAAUAAAC